CCACACCACGUGAUUUUAAAAAAUGGAAAAGGGAGAUAGGGCAGCCUUUUUCAGUGCUGCAGAGCAGCAAGUUAUACUUCAGCGGUUUGAGGACCUAAAACAUAUUUUCAAUCACAAAAAUAAUACAACUGCUGCUGGUAAAGCGAGACAGGCAGCAUGGCAGAAAAUUGCCGAUUCAGUCAACGCGGUUAAUCCAUCUGGAGUAAAACGAAGUUGGCUGCAGGUCAAGGUGAAAUACAAGAACAUGGUACAAACAGCCAAAAAAGCAGAUAGGCAGAAGACCAAGGAAGGCCCACUGCAACCUGUCUUUUCUGCUGCAGAGGACCUGAUGGCUGAAACCCAUAAAUUCUGUUCCACUAUAGACAGUAUCACAGAGGAAACCUCUUCCACAGAACUCGAGUCAACACUCUCCUGCUCAAACUUUGUGAGAGUGCUAGCAAACCGCAUGACAUCAGAGGAGAUCACAGCAGAAUCUGGGUCCGAAGUGUCAUUGAAUAAUGUACCAGUCGUAUACAUUGACAAUGCAGAAGAAAUCACGUCAGAUUCCUCUAUACAUGAGGGUCCAGGCAUAAACGAGGCCACACCAUCCACUUCCAAAACAUGGGACAGAGAGGGGGACAAACAAAGAAAGCCCUCAAAUGUCAAAGUGAAGGACUUGUAUAUGAAAUACUUGCAACAGGAGAUUGACUACAGGAGAUUAAAGAUGCAAAAGAUGUCUUUGGAGAUGAAAUUACUUGAGAAACAAUUAAAUUCAUGAACGGAAAUGAAUCAUGCGUAUGUACAGUUAUUGCAAUCUUUCAGUUUUACUUUUUGAAUAAAUGUUCCUUCCCCCCCAAAA